UAAGAAAAACAUAUAUAUUUUAGUAUUUAUUUAACCAUAACUUUACAAUGAAGAAAAAGCGCCUAAGCAAAAAGAUUUUGGGACUUGAUAAUAUUAAAAAAAUAASCGGAAGAAUGAGAACUUCCGUAAGACAUAUCGGUUUGGCGGUACCAACUAUCGGUUAUCAACCCGUAGAAGAAUUUGUUCGUAGAACAAUCACCGAUGAGGAACAAACACAAAAUCGGCUUUUACGAAUUAAAUCUCAAUAUAAGAUUACUGAUUUGGCGCAAGAAAGUAGAGAGCAAGUUAUCGAAUACCAAGAACCAGAAGAUAAAACCCAAACUGAAGUUAUAUACUCAACGUUUUCGUAUAUAUCAUUGCUGAGAAAGUUAGAGCUUCUUAAGAAAAGGUCUUCACCACUAAAAUCUCAUUCAUCUACGUUUCUUCAGAGCUUAUUUCCAWUACCAGACACAAGAAAUAUGCCCAAACUUGAAGAUAAUCAAAGCUCUACUGAAUCGACCGUUGAGCAGUUAACGGAUAUUAAUAGUGAUGACACAAACGAAGCACUCGGGAAACUUAUGAAAACAGACGAUAAUGAGAACUCAACAGAAAUGACUUCGGAGACGAUUGAAGACGAUGAACUGUUGACUUUUCCRAGCAAUUAUUUAGAAACUGAAAUGAAAAAAGAAUUAAAUUAUGAAGAUAUUCGUAAAAUAACACUGGAGAAUAGAGAAGAUACUGACGAAGAAGAACCGAAUAAGUCCCAGAUAUUGUCGCACAUACAGGAUUCAAAGAAUAUGCAGUUAGCGUUUGACAUGGAAGCAUUUCUCAGUGCACUUAUUACUGAUGCUAUAGACAAAUAUGAACCGAAUAAGUUUCGUCAACACAACCUCGAUAAGCCACUAUUAUUAAAUGAGCUAAUAGAAAAGCUCACGGAACUAGAAUUUGAACGAAAAAAUCGCAUGUACUUAAUUAAAGGUGUAGGCAUGUUUUGCAACAGCAAAGGCCAACAUCGGGUUUUCGCCGAGGACGCGCCGCAUAACAUUGAGACACUGAAGCAAAAUUACCAAGAGGCUUUAAUGAAGCUCGAUAGAAGUUUAGGUAAAGAAGAAAAUCUGAAAAGAGAAGUGCAUGURAAAAAAACGGAGCUUGAGCGCAAGCUGUCAAUGUUUCAGAAUAAAAACGAUACAAARUUGCUGGAAUUGGAACGACUCGUUGAAGAAACCUUUGGCGACAAAAAAGAACAUUUAAAAAUGAUUGUUAAGUCGGAACUAAGUACAAUGAGAAAAGUACGCGAUGAAAUAUCGGCUCGACGUUGCGAAUUGAUCCGAAAACAGCAUACGCAUUUCGUACUUAAAGAGAAAGCAGAUAAGUUCAGAGAUCUAAGCGACAGCGUGACAUAUUCAAACUAUGAGCAAAUGCAUGGUUAUGUUCWGGAGUUGGAAAAGAAAUUGAGAGAACGCAAUGCUCGAUGCAACAGAAUGCGAUCGCGAUUCCAUGAGGCUAUACAAAAMAAGGGACACUACAUGGAGCAGAAGACUUCGCUUCAAGCGAAGGUUAGCAUCCAAAAAACGAUACUACAGCAAUUGCAGCUGGAAUUGUCCACUACUCGGGAAAUAGUAUCAAAACUGAAAAAAGAACGAACGCGCCUUAAACAACAAAUUUCAAAGKUGCAUCUCGAAUGUAGCUUAUUCGAUAAGCCGGCACUACUAAUGGACUACGACGCGACCAUAGAGAAAAUAACCAAAGCCAGUACAGAUGUAAAGCACUUACGUCAGCGGCAUGACGAUAUUAUAUGCUUUCAUUUAUUUCAUUUAUCACUARAUAGCAAGGAUAUUGAAUUCGAGAUGCGGUUUUCAGUUCCUCAAUAAAUAAUUCGAACACUUCGACGAGGGUAUGUAUCCCCGUUCAUGGUCGGCACAUGAAGAAGUUUGAAUAUCAA